GAUUGGAAGGUAUGAACUAGGAACUGUUGACUCACAGCACAGGAAAUAUUCUGUUCAUUCAUGAUUUAGGGAAUCUAAUGCCAUGUUUAACACCAAAAAUAUUGAAUUUCCAUGCCAUAAUACUACAAAAGAACAAACAAAUUCUUUUCCUUUUCUAAAAAUUGUUCAGAAGUCUUUCUAUGUACAAAAGUUGACUAUCUUGUGCUAAACUUGCCUUUUCAAUCCAAGGACUAUAUGACAUGGAUAGGAAAUUGACCCCUUCUCAUUCCUUUUUCCUUUUCUUUUUCUUUCUUGAGUAAACGAUUGGAUAAAAUAUUUCAUGGAGGGUGUCAAUAGUAUGCAAUUUAUAAUCAAUUAAUUAACUAUGAUAAAAUAUAUAAAUCAUUACAUUAAAAGAAAUUAAUCAUCAGUAGUAUUUGUAAGUAUUAAUUAACCAAUCAAACUUUAAAAAUAGGCACAAAAAUACAUAUCAAAACCAAAACCUUUUGAAAUCUCAACUUUUAUGAGAUGAGAUGUGAAUCCUACACAAAAUUAACGAGUGUAAUAUCUAUACUAUAAAAACUUUUUGUUGUAUUAAUUUUUGAAUAUUUAAAUUUUCAUUUAUUUUCUUAAAAAAAUAAGUCUUAAUAUUAAUUUUCAUACUUUUCAUAUACCCACGAUCACAAUUUAUGUUUUCUGUCUCACCCCACUUCAUUUCUUCUUCCCUCACACACGUUUGUUUCUUUUCAUGAUUGUUUUUUAUAUGCUCAUGAAAUUUGUGUUGUGCAAUCAUUGUAUAUGUAUAUAUUUAUAUCAAAACUAGAAGUUAAAGAGUUCCAACACUAAUUAAGAUAAUCACGAAUGAUUUUAGGUGUAAUUAAUUGGUUGUUUUCCUAAUUAUAACAACCCUAAUUUAGAGAAUAGGUUGCCCAUAUCAGAAACCGGCUACACCCUCACCAAUUUCCUACAUAAAUAUACGAAUACAAACUAUAACAUAUCCAACUCCUUUCCAAUCCCAUUGAACUUUAGCUGUCAUUGCCAUCCGCACGCAUUCUUCAAUUAAGCAUAAACACCCGCACCACAAUCCGUAGAGCUCUUUUCCUCUGUCGGUCCCCUCACAAUUUCCCGCUCUCUUCUCUUAUUCAAAUCUGACGAGUACAAAUCUAUAUCUCUCUCUCUCUCUCUCUCUCGUGAGCGAAGAUUGUGGAGUUUAGUACAGAGAAAGAGCUGCUAUUAGAUGUUGCGGAGGAUGGUGUUGACUUUCGUACGCUAAAAACAGGGGUACCCGGGUUGGAAUCUUGAUCGUUUAUGAAAGUUUCAUGCAGUUCAGGUAUUGGGAUUUGGUUGUUGUUGAGGAGGAUUGAACUCCUUUGUUGAGAUUUUGAGAGGGUUUUAUGCCGAAAGGUAGUAUAACCCGAAGGAAGAAACUGGAAAUAAUUCUUUAGAUGGAAUUAACGGUUGUACACAUGGAAGAUUGUAAAGAUCCUCUUGUGUUGAACAGGGCAGGGCAGACUAGGGUUUUGCCUCAAAGAUUGCUUCAGUUGCUUGUACUUUUCUUAUUCUUGUGUUUCAUCUUCUCUGCAGUUAGUACCCAUAUGAUUGGGUAUUUUGGAGUUUACAGUGCAGUGAAUCCGAUAAGGCCUAAUUUACUGCCCCCCGAUGGAGAACAACUGAUAAAUUUAGACCAAUGGAUUAAUCCACCAUCCACUUUGAUGCAUAAUAUGAGUGACAAGGAGUUGUUUGGGAGGGCAUCUGCUGUCCCCCGUUUGGAGAAGUAUCCGUUUAAGAGGGUUCCAAAAAUUGCAUUCAUGUUCUUGACUAAGGGACCAUUGCCGCUUGCUCCUCUUUGGGAGAGGUUUUUCAAGGGGAACGAAGGCCGGUAUUCGAUCUACAUUCAUUCGUUGCCUUCUUUUGAAGCUGAUUUCCCAUCUUCUUCUGUUUUUUACAAGAGACAAAUACCGAGUCAGGUGGCAGAAUGGGGGGAAAUGAGUAUGUGUGAUGCUGAGAGAAGACUACUGGCUAAUGCCUUACUUGAUAUUUUGAAUGAACGGUUCGUUCUGCUGUCCGAAUCGUGCAUUCCCCUCUACACCUUUACCAUGACCUACGACUACAUCAUGAGAUCCAAGUUUAGCUUCAUGGGCGCAUUUGACCAACCAGGCCCACAUGGAAGAGGACGAUACAACGAGAACAUGUUGCCCGAGGUUAACAUCACCAUAUGGCGCAAGGGAUCUCAAUGGUUCGAGAUCAACAGAAAGCUCGCCCUCUAUGUUGUUGAAGACACCAAAUUCUACCCGAAAUUUAAUGAGUUCUGUCAACCGGCAUGUUAUCCAGACGAGCACUACUUUCCGACUAUGCUGACUAUUAAAGCCGCGAAUCUCUUGGCAAAUAGAAGCAUAACGUGGGUGGACUGGUCGAGGGGCGGGGAUCAUCCAGCUAUGUUUGGUGGUGCAGACAUAACCGAGGAAUUCAUGGAGAGAGUCUAUGGAGGUCAUAGCUGCUUAUACAAUGAUCAGCCUUCUUCUAUUUGUUAUCUGUUUGCUAGGAAGUUCUCUCCUAGUGCCUUGGAAGCUUUGCUGUUGCUAGCACCAAAGUUUCUAGGUUUUUAGAUAGCAAACAUUACCUUUGCUCUUUUCUGUUUUUUUUUUGUGGUGAGUAGAUGUAACGAAAAUGAAAGUAGGAACCAUUUAAGUUACAUGGGAGAACAAUGAACUAGGUUCUUACAAUUGUAGUUCUAUUCUUUUACAUAUAGUUGAAUAUACACUACAAGUCUUGAUCUUCUCAA